AUGACCGAGGUGAUCACACACAUUGUGCUUUUCAAGUACAAGCCGGACAUAACAUGGAGCGACUUUGAGAAGCACUUUGAUAUUUUCAUGGCGCUAAAAUCGAAAUGCGUCAAGCCGGACACCAAGCAACCAUACAUGAAGAGCAUGAAGGCUGGCAAGAAUCGCAGCUGGGAAGAAUUCAACAAGGGGUUGACGCAUGGUUUUGUACUGGAGUUUGAGAACCAGGCGGACCUGGAUUACUAUCUGACGGAGGACCCAGUGCAUUUGGAGUUCUCGCGCAAUGCAGCGCCAUUGAUGUAG